UUGAUGCGUCAGGAGACUUUUUCAAACUCCGAGAGGAGCUGGCUACCUUAUCGAUGACAAGGACAAAGGACAUGGUGGAUCCUCAUCGGAGCGACAAAGGCAACAAGGAAGGAAGAGAUCUGGUUUCCAAGGAGAACAGAGAGAGGGAUACAGACUCGUCUACAGAGACAAACCAGAAGACCGAAAAGGGAAAAGGAUCCGUGGUGGAGGCGUAUAGAAGUGUCAUCAUCCAAGAGGUGGAGGAGAAAAUGGAGGAUGGCUAUUUGGAGAUGGAGAUCUCCAGCGAGGAGUUGGAUGUGGUUGAUGAGGUCCAGCAGACGUUGGGCUACGCCGGGGCUGAGGAAGUGAGUGGGGAAGAGGAGGAGAUAGAUGUAGAGGAGAUGGGUCCAACGAUGUAUCCUGAUGCAGCUUGGCAAGAGGGUCCCGGUGCCAGAGAAGGGGACCAAGUGAGUUCCACCAUGGCCAGCUUCAGAGGCAUCACCCACAUCCACCUCCCUCAGAAAAUCAAAAUGGAGACCGCUGCCCCCGAGAUGGCCGACGUGAGUAUUCCGACCCCUCUGGAGGCAGAGCCUUUCACGCUGACAUCACGAAGGGUCACCACGGGGUCAACAGGAAGCUGGGAGCCAGAGGAGGAAGAGGACGUGGAGGUGGACGUUCUUGAGUGGUCGCCGGAUGUGCGACCAAGAGUGUGGGGAGCGGGACUUGAGCAAGGCGUCACAGAACUGACCGAGGAAGACGAGAUAGACGUGAUGGGAGUGGAAACGGACUGAAUUCUAAACAGUGUGUUCUUGAGAAGAAAGGCUACCGUUCCUAAGCAACCUCCCCGCUCCUCCUCUCCACACUGUUAACUAUCGGAGCAGCCCCAACCUUCCACACUGACUUGAUGAGACUAACUCACUAAAUGAGGGUCUCGCUAUAUAAAAGAAACAACCUUUGUUGAUUGUGAUGUUGUUUUUGUUGUACUGUUCUUCAGCAGAAUGCCUUAUGAGCCCUAGACUAGAGACUCGGCAAACGCAGAUACUCUUCUGUUACAUUUCAGGGCCUGUAUUGACAGCUUCUCAGAGUACGAGUGCAGAUCUAGGAUCAGUUUUUCCUUUCAAGUCAUAAUGAGUAACAGGGCCUACUCUGAGACGCCGGUGAAUACUGGACCCUGGUGUUCAUGCUGGUUAUUUUGAUACCUUCAGAAUCAGUCAGUGUCCAAUCAGAAGCACUUAAAUAUGUUUACAUCUGCCACUUUUGACAAGUUCUUUAUUUGUAGCUUCAUUGUUUGUAUAACUUUGUACAUUAGAAAGAAGGCCUGUCAUUUAAAUAUAAUAAUUUUGUUGUAUUAAAAUGGCUUUCUUGA